AUGCGCGGGCUAUUUCUUACGGAUGUGGAGAUAGGCAAGAAGGACGACGACCACAAGCUGGCAGCUAAGAACGGUGGUUUGCGCGUACCUAGCAGCUGGCAACCCGCGCGAGGGCCUCUGCGAAGGUCGAUCAAGCGCAUAGCCGCGCUGUUGGGAGUCGCCUUCUUCGUCUACCUCUUUAUACACAAUAUACCGACCGAUAUUGGCCCACGAAGGUCACUUCGUCCCAUCUACAACGUCCCCGGGUCCGCGUCAAACCAGCAUCCCCCUCCAUCCGAACGUGGAUUUAGCCCCGAAUCGAAACAUGGCAGUCCAAACCAAGUCUCCGGUCCUCUUGAGCGUACAUACAAUGGACCUCCAAGAUUCUUCGAGCUUGGGGCGUCGCUUCACGCCAUCACCAGCACAAAAGGUGGGAUGACAAUCAACCGGAAUGUGCUUUUUGCAGCGUCGAGUCUGAAAAGCGCGGCUGCGCUACUUCCAAUUGCAUGCUCGAUGGGUAUAGAGAAGAGGAACUACGUACAUUUUGCGCUGAUGAGCCGGAGUGAGAUCAAGAUGGAGGAGCUCCAGAAGGUUAACGGCAUCGACGAGGGGUGCCAGAUAAUUUUUCACGACGCUCGUCCGGAUCAUGCGAUCAUCUCAACAGAGGAGCGAAUGGAGAAGAGUGCCUUCCGCGCCUUCCAUCACAUCCACAUGUACAUGCAUCCCCAGGCCAUCUUCGUCGACGGAUCAGAAUCGGAAGAGGCGCAUUUCCUGAGAGGGGCGAGAUCUCAGGCCAGGGCUACGGGCAAUACCUUGAUAGAGUUGCCAGAACGUUCCGCAAGGAACAUCAUGUGGUUGACGAAACUAGAUAGCUCGUCCUUGCGGGUCUGGAACAAGUAUGAUGUCGACAUAUUAAUUCAUGCUAUCCCUGGAGCCUCAGGCAGUCUUAUCAGACUGCUCAAAUCACUUAGCAAAGCUGACUUCACAUCAAGCUAUAUACCUCACCUCACUAUUGAGCUGCCACAUGACAUUGAUCCUCCAACCAAACGCUUCCUCGAGAAUUUCCAGUGGCCGCCGGCUCAUAUUUACAACCCAACCAACGCGAAAUACAUCUCAAUAAGACAUCGGAUCCCACGACAGAGCAUAAACGAAGAAGAAAGUUCUGUGAGAUUCCUAGAGUCGUUCUGGCCAGGGAAUCCGCAAUUAUCCCACAUCCUGGUUCUCAGUCAGCAAGUCGAGCUUUCGCCUCAAUUUUUCCAUUAUCUGAGAUACACCUUGCUCGAGUAUAGAUACUCAACCACGUCUCGCGCGCAGCGGUGGGACGCUCGACUGUUGGGGAUAAGUCUCGAACAGCCACACGUCCAUCUGAAUGGAAAAGACAAAUUAUCUCUGCCUUUGAGGGUCGAAGACUCUGGGGACCUGCCCACACCCUUCCUUUGGCAAGCACCCACCAGCAAUGCUAUACUGUUCUUCGGCGAGAAAUGGAUGGAACUUCACGACUUCGUUUCGCGAAGCCUUGAGGCACAACAGCACUUCAGCAAUGUGCCAUCAUUACUGUCCGAUAAAUCGAUCAGCACCCGACAUCCAUCCUGGCUGAAAUAUGUUUUGAGACUGGCGCGGGUGCGAGGAUACCUCACGUUGUAUCCUGGCGAGGACAUAGCCAGCAACCUAGCCACGGUGCACAACGAACUGAAUCAUCUACCGGAAGAAUACGCCACGCCAGAGGAAUCUAGCGAGGCCAUCCAGAAAUUCAGACAGGGGUCGGAAAUCACUUUAGCGCCGGUAUCACUGCUUCAGGGUUUGCCUGACAACGGGGUACUCAGUCCAUUCAGUGACCUCCCGAUGCUAACGUGGACAGGCGAAGGUACAGAUGUUGAGGGAUUGGACGAGCUCGCGGCGCAGUACGCGACGGAAUUUAAGGAGAAGGUUGGC